AUGGUGGAAAUCCUAAAAGAUAUUUAUUCCAACUCCACCACCGCGUUUAUGACCUCUAGCGGUAUCUCGGAUCCCAGGCCUGUGGAGACGGGGGUCAGACAGGGAUGCCCCCUGAGUGGGUUGAUUUUUAACAUCACUAUUGACUUCUUGAUCCGCGAGACUCAGGAGAAUGGGCCUACCCAUAACAUCUUGGCCUACGCCGACGACCUAGUCCUCGUGGCUGGGUCGCACAUCGACCUCCAGGAAAGCUUGGACAAGGUGUGCGACUUGGCUUCGAGGGUGGGUCUGAGGUUUAAUCCCGGGAAGUGCUUUUCGCUUCACCUAGGGACGUCGGCCAGGGUGGGAGCACGGGACACUACGUUCUAUCUGGACGGGUCCCCGAUCCCUACCCUUAUGGACGGCUCCCCGGGGACCUUCCUGGGACGGCCGGUGGGCUCAUACGUCCCCAAAGACACCCGUUUCCUAGAGGAACUCAAAAAUCGGGCCUCUAAAAUCCUUGAGGCCAAACUUGCCCCCUGGCAGCGGCUUGACGCAUUGAAAACCUUUUUCUUUCCAUCGUUGAAUUUCUUAAUGCGUACAAGCCAGUUUGCCAAGUCUGACUGGGCCGAGCUUGACAAACACAUAAGACCUUUGAUUAAAAAGACUCUAAAUAUCCCGAAGAACGCUGCGAACGAAUACUUUCUUGGUCCCUCCGAGCGCGGCCUCUUCGGGAUCCCAGUCUCGGCUGAGGAUUCUGACAUAUCUCAUAUUGACUCCGCUUUUAAACUCCUAACUUCAAAAGACCCAAUUGUUAAGGAGCUGGCGUGGGACGAAGUCAAAAAAGCGGCUCACCACAGAUUCCCAUCCAACGACCACCUGGACAGUAUUUCAAAAUUGUUAAGUGGUGAGCCCGCAAAUUUAACAAGCAACAAAAUCUCUUCUAACUGGACUCGUGCUCGCGCUGCGUCGACCAGGCUGCAUGUCAAGUGGAAUAUCUCUGAAUCCGGCGACGUUAGCAUCACCGUGGGAGAUAAAACCAUCUUCCAAAGGAGGGCCAUCUUUAAAACUCUAAGAUCUGCAUUCAAAAAAGCCCGAGCAGAUGGCCUAAAAGCUCACCCACAUCAGGGCAAAACGUUCGAGUGUUUCGGUGCCUCCAAGGCCAGUAGUCACUUUAACUCGAACGGGGGGUACACAAGAUUUGCCGAUUGGCGGUUUGUGCACCGCGCAAGACUCGGGCUUGUACCCCUUAAUGCCUAUAGGCAUGGCCCUGGCCCCAUUGACAAAAGAUGCCGCAAAUGCGGCCACGAUGAGACCCUCCCCCACGUGCUUUGUCAUUGCAUGACUUACAGUGCCAGCUACCAGAGGCGGCAUAACCAAAUCGUUGAUCGCAUCAAGAAAGCCGCUCUGGGACGCUGGUCUGUUGUGGGGGAGAACCAGGCUCUUGACGACUCUGGGCUCCGUCCCGACCUCGUCCUGGAAAAAGGGGACGCAGCAAUUAUCAUCGAUGUGACUGUCCCCUUUGAAAAAAACAUCUCUUCAUUCCAGGACGCGAGGGAAAAUAAAAUAAGAAAAUAUACCCCACUGGCCGAGACCUUGAAAAACCUUAAGAAAUACAAGUCGGUCACGGUCGACGCCAUCGUAGUGGGGUCCCUCGGGUCGUGGGACAAAGAUAAUGACAAAACUGUGCGACGGCUGUGCUUGAGUAGGUAUGCCCAUAUCAUGCGUAAACUGAUCGUCAGCGAUACCAUCAGAACAUCCAGGGAUAUCUACAUCGAGCACAUAUCUGGCAGGCCCCAGCAGCCAUGGAUCUACAGGAAUCCAAAUAACAACUAG